AUGGGUAAGGUUCACGGUUCUCUCGCCCGUGCCGGAAAGGUCAAGUCUCAGACCCCCAAGAUGGACGGAGAAAAGGAGUCGCCACCGGGCGACGCAGGAAGAUGCGCAGCGGAUUGGACCAUGGAGACACCAGAACGACUGGAUGCUGAUCAAGUUUGCAUACAACAGGUCGAGCCCCAGGAGAAGAAGAAGAACCCUAAGGGCCGUGCCCUCAAGAGGAUAAAGUACACUCGCCGCUUCGUCAACGUCACCAUGACCGGUGGCAAGAGGAAGAUGAACCCCAACCCCACUUCGUAA